GUCAAAGAAAUUCUAGGUGUCAUCCACCUCCUCACACAAUCCCCCCCAUCCGAGCAGCGAGAGGCCAUACAGACCUAUUUUAUACCUAAUGCGUCGUUUACACAUCCAUUCUGCCGGACUGGGAGCUGGGAAAACUCAAGGAUCUUGGUCGAGGCAAUCUAUCGAUGGUAUAAGAUCAUGAGCCCAAGGAUUGAUCUCGCUGUCCAUUCGGUUGCCUUUGACGAACCCAAUCUCCUGCUCUACGUCAACAUAUCCCAAGUUUUCCGCAUCUGGUUUAUCCCAUUCUACCGCGCUCCUGUGUCUCUUGUCACAGUCCUCCAACUGAACCAUAACAAAGGGAAUGGACUAUAUUACAUCCAUAGCCAAAACGACCUGUACCAAGUAGAUCAGUUCGUAAAGUUUGUGGCUCCAGGAGGCUGGGUCAUCGUCUGGAUGUGGCAAUUCUUGGCAACGUUAUUCUGUUUGCUUGGUGCUGCAGCGCUCUGGCCGGUUAGUGUAGCGGAAGAG